AUGGAGGAUACCAAGACAGAAGUACGACUUCUAGAACCUGUCAAGACCACAGCGCCAUUAUCGCCCUCAAUGCUGGCGGAAGAUAUGGUGGACAAAAUAAAUGCAGUUUUCAACAACGGGGCACAUUUACAACAGCGUGAUCAAGAGCGUGACCACAAACAGGAGCAUGAGCAUGAGCAUGAGCAUGAGCAUGAGCAUAUCGACAAUGUAGAUGUCGAGGAGGCAAAUCUCACCACCAUGAACAAAGAAUCCCCAUUGACGGAUAUUGCAACAUCACCGCCGCCUUUUGAGUUGUCGUUACGUGAACAAGAUUUUAAUUUGGACGCAGAUAUGCAAACAAUUUCAGAUGAAGUGAUUAAAAACUCGGGAGAUGAGAAUGGUCGACAAGUUGCUAGGCAACAAACUCAUAGUAAAUCUCCUUCAGACAAUGAAGAAGAAAUCAGAACAACAAAAGUGAAAGCGGAGACGCACACUAAUGAAAUGGCAAACAAUAAAAGUGACACUAUUCGAAGAAGAGACAGUUAUGAAAGCUCAGAAUUGAGUGAAUUGGGCGACGAUCAAUCAGAAGCCGAGACUGAUAGAAUGGAUUUCUUGGAUGAAGAAGGAGAUUCUGAUAGUAUACCAAGAGUAACCGAUUUGCAAAAAUUGUCCCAGCUAACAGAACUUGCAAAGCUGAAGGAAAUAGAUAACGAAGAGGAGGAUGGUGAAAGAGUGUCGACUAGCAAUGAGCAUAAUGAGGAUGAGCUGACAAACUCGGCGAUAAUACGCAAACGAACAGCACUUGAUUAUGAUGAAAAUGAAGAUGAUGGUGAAGAUGAUAAAGAUAAAAGUUCUUUGAUAGAUAACCACAAGAGGCAAAAGGUAUUGAAUGGGAAUGCAAACAACACACUGAUAGAGAUUGAAAAUGGAAAGGAGACGCUGAGUAAAGAUAGUAAAAAUGGUAAAUUGAGUCGAUCAGAUGUCAUCGAAAAUGAAGACGAUAUUGAAGAAGAGCACGAAAAUUUGUCGAAGCGAAUACCUCAAGAUGAGGAAGAUAACGGAGCCGAAGCCGAGGAUGAAGAAGAGGACGAGGACGAGGACGAGGAUGAGGAUGAGGAUGAGGACGAUGCUGAUGCUGAUGCCGAGGACGACGAAGGCAACGAAACGACGACUUUCAAGAUGACAAACGACCUCGAUAAAGCUUCAGAGAAUAAACUAACUACCAACAAAGACGCAAUAAGCGUUGAAAAUGAAAAGGAAAGCACCGAUCAGAAAGCCGCUACCGCUGAGGAGAAUAAUAUUGAUCUUAAUGAACAGAGGCAAUUGGCGAUUGAAGGACUAAUUGCUAUAGAAACUUGCUUUGCAGAAGUUCGAGAUAAGAUAUACGAAGAUAAACUAUCCCUACUAGAGAAAGAAUUGCAAUUAUGUCUUGAAGGGUCGCAUCCCGAGCUCUCCAAGAUAUAUUACAAGAUAAACGGAUUCUACCAGGAUAGUAUAAACUUGGCUAAUUCAAACCUAUCCUAUAAACUCAAAUGCAUUGACAAGGAGACGCUAGCUACACGAACAUCUAUUCACCAAGACUUUCUCAAGAAUAUUAUGGGCUGCAAAAAUAAAAUGAUAACCGAGACGACAUCGAUGUGGUACAAGAUCAACAAAGAACGAAACCAAUUAGAUCAGAUUGUUCCCGAUUUUAAUUAUGCAGCUAUACCGUCGAGCACACUAAACGUGGACAGUGGACACGCUGCAUUUACAGACAUCAUAAGCAACUCAGCACCAAAGACAAAGAAAAUCAUAAAGCAAAACGCUAUAGUGGAAUUGGUCCAACAGCGGAACAAUUUGAACGAACAAUUGGGUAUAUUGAAUGGAUUGAUUGAAUUUUGUGGGUUUCCAUCUGCUAUUGUCUCCUCGUCUAUGGCUCUUGAAACGAAUGAUCCUAUGCCACAGGAGCUAUUGUUGAGAAAAGCCAGCGACGAAGAAAUCAAUGAAGACUUGAGGGCAAUGGGUAUACGUACAUAG